UUUAAAGCACAGACCGGGUCAGAUUACGCUCAAUAAGCCUGUUAUGAUAUUUUAACUGGUGAUUGAGGGGGUUGACGGCAGUUGUUAUGGUAACAGAUUAAGGUCAGAGAUGUACUAAACCACAGUUGCUAUGGAAUUAAUGCUGUCGAGAUCGUGCGGAUGCUGCGGGACGGAAAAUACAGAAAUAACUACUAAAACUUUUUUUCAAUUAGAGCUUACAUCUUUUUUGGGAUAUUUCACUUUGAUGAGAGUGCGUUGAAUGUUUCGAGUUUACAUCAAGUUAUUAAAACCGCGUUGCUGGGGUCCUACGGCCGGUGGUUUUACUUUAAAACUUCACACGCAGUAGUAAGUGAGGAUGGAUCCUGUAGUGAACACCCUGCACUGCAGUUUCGGCGUGAUGUGCGAGCUGCGCCGGAGGAUGCUGCAGUCCUGAUGGGACAUUUAAAAGGCAACAUUCUGCGUUUGUUUUCAACCUAAUAACAGAUAACAGUGUGUUGACGACGAGCGAGCUGCACGAACGUGAAAUCCUGCAUCGAUCAUCUGCAGAUUUGUCCCUUGCUCGAUGAUGCAGCUAGAUUUCGUCUGCUCGGCUGCUUAUGGAGAAGGGUAAACCACCAACGCUGGAUUUAUAUGGAUUUUAUGUGUUUUUUCCAACUGCGUUUAUUUUUCAAUCUCUCUGAUCGUGUAAUAUAAAUAUGGAGGGGGAGAUUCCGGUCAUAUUAGAGCAGUUCAUGAGCAGCCCUCUUGUCACUUGGGUUAAGACAUUUGGUCAGCUAGGUGACAAAGAGGGGAACAUGCUCUCUGAAUACACCGAGUUAGUGGAUGGCAUAUUCUUGAACAAGGUCAUGAAUCAAAUAAAUCCUAAAGGGACUGUUCAAGCUUUAAACAAAGUGAACAAUGAUGUCUGCCAGAGAGCACAAAACCUGUCUGUUCUCAUCUACCACAUCAAAUCAUACUACCAGGAGACCCUGCAUCAGCUGAUUAUGACGCCUCCUGCCAACGUUCUGCUGCUGGGCAGGAACCCGCUCUGUGAGGAAGGUCUAGAAGAGAUCAGGAAGUUGCUGCUACUGUUGCUUGGCUGUGCUGUGCAGUGUGAAAGAAAAGAGGAGUAUAUCGAGAAGAUACAAAGUCUUGAUUUUGACACAAAAGCAGCUAUCGCAGCUCAUAUCCAAGAGGUGACUCAUUGUCAGGAGAACGUGUUUGAUCUGCAUUGGUUGGAGAUGGAGGGCCUGUGUCCAGAGGAAUGGGAAAAUCUCUGCAGAAGUAUAAGCACUAACCUCAAAAUGCUAGUGGACCAGCGUGACCGGCAAUUUGAGGCCAUCGUGGAGCUGAUGCAGGGGAAACAGACAAUAAAGUCUGUAGUGUUUGGUGAUGACUCCUCCCUCACAGAGUCCGCCAGCAGCCGGCUCUCUUUAUCCCAGCAGCAUCUGGCACUAGAGCUGACGGACACUAAAGCCAAGAUCAAACGCCUCAGACAGGAGCUAGAGGAGAAAAGUGAACAGCUCUUAGACUGCAGGCAAGACCUAGAAAGUGUGGAGGCGGAGCUUAAAAGACUUCAACAAGAGAAUAUGCAGCUGCUAACAGAUGCACGAGCAGCCAGGAUGUACCGUGAUGAGCUGGAUGCAAUGAAAGAAAGAGCCAUCAGAGCAGACAAGCUGGAGAGUGAAGUGGCUCGCUACCAAGAUAAACUUCACAACAUGAACUUUUAUAAAGUCAAACUGGAGGAGCUGAAGGAAGAUAAUCAGGUGUUGAUGGAAAGUAAGGCCAUGCUGGUGGAAGAGCUACACAGUCUCAAACCACGAUCUGACAAACUGCACCAUCUGGAGAAACACAACCUCCUACUAGAAUCAAAACUUCAUGAAAUGGAGGAGGAAAGAACUGUGGACAGAAGGCGAAUAGAGGAGCUGCUGGAAAGGAACGUCAUACUGGAGCUCACUCAGAAAAGGAGUAUGGAAGAAUCACAACGUUUGGGCUGGGAGCUAGAACUUGCCAAGAACCCCCAACAGAAUUCAGAGCUGAAGUCUUUGGGACAGGAGGUAACUGAAAAGACCUGUAGUAGGUUGCUGAAACUGGAAAAAGAAAACCAGAGAUUGUUGAAGGCCUUGGAGGCACUACAAGGAACUGGUCAUGCAUUGGAUGUUGAGGAAAAUGGGCAGAUGGAUGUAAUAGACUGUAAGACUCACAAAUCUACUCCAGCAUUUGCCAAUGUGCACAAUCGCCAAAUUAUCACCCAGAAGACCAGCAAUCAUUCCCUUGACAAAGAACAUUUGAAGAACAAAGAACAUACAUCCUUGGAAAAUACUAAUGGCAAUCUUCAAUGUCUUGAAGUAGAGCUCCAUGAAUUGGAGGCUGUAAACCAGAGUCCUCAAUUAAAUUUCAGCCACAAUCAAGGACAAGUGGACAUGGAAAACCAAGGUCUAGUGCAUGAGAAUGGACAUUUGGAGCAAGAUAGGAGUUGUCUUGAGAAGGAGAAUCGGAGAUUGCGGCAGCAAGUGAAGAUUCAGGAGGCCUCACUGGAUAGUAGCAACCUGAAGUUGGUGGUUCUUGAGAAGGAGAACCGUACCCUGGUUAAAAAGGCUAACUAUCUUAAUGAAUGCUGUGCUAAGAACAAAGAGCUUGAGAAGGAAAACCAAGAGCUGAUUCAACAGGCUGGAAUGGACAAGAGGAUGUUGAUGACAUUAAGAGAGGAGCUGCUGGACCAGAGGUUAAAACUGCAACAGAAAGAAUCUGAUUUUGAGAAAUUGACUUAUGAACUAGAGAGGAUGAGGUUAAACCAGGAGACACGAAUGGCAGAUCACGAGGCUAUAGACCAGAGUCAGUGUAAGCAUUUGGAGUCAGAGCUGGAAUCUUCUCUAAUGAAAUCCCUAAAGAUUAAGAAAGAGAGAAUGACUGCCCUCGAGGCCCGUUUGCAAGAAUCGGCCAAGAUAAACCAGCAAUUGCGACAGGAUCUUAAAACUGUCAAACAGAACUAUGAGGCAUUGCUUCAGAGGGAUGAGGAGGAAAACGCAGGACAGUGUUCUCCACCAGAGAGGAAAUGGCACAGGGAGAGUCAGGAGGCCACAUGGGCAUUGCUUAAGCUCAAGGAUCGACUCAUUGAGGUGGAGAGAAAUAAUGCAACUUUGCAGGCUGAGAAACAGUCAUUGCAAACACAACUGCAGACAUUGCAGGUGCAGUCAGAUGGGUUACAGGCGCAAAUAAUUGCAUUACAGCAGCAGACGGCUUCUUUGCAGGAAAGCAACACAGCACUGCAGACACACAAUGCACAACUGCAGGUAGAGAAGUCCACUGUAACUUCCCAGAAUUCCUCUCUGAUGGCCCAUAACGCACAGCUACAGCGGGAACGGCAGAGUUUGGAGGCUGAGAGGGAGGGCGCGAUGCGGGAGAGAGAAGAUCUGCGCACCGUUAAUGAACUUCUUCUCCGGGACCACGAGAGGCUGAGCGUCCUGCAUGAGAGACAGGCAGCAGAGCUGGAGGUGCUCUCUCACAGGUACUCCACGAUGGAGAACAGUCACCGAACCCUGGAGAUAGAGCACCGAUCACUGGAGGACAGGUAUAACACACUACUUCAGCAGCGUGCUCAGCUGGAGGGGCUAGAGAAAGCUCUCAGAGAAGAACAGCAGAAGAUGCAGAAUGAGAUAUGCACAAGCAGAAGCACAACAGCAGAGUGCCAAAGACUCAGAGAUGAGAAAGACUGGCUUAAUCAAACCUACCAGAAGCUGUUAGCAGAGAAUGAGGAGCUUCAGGUUGAACACAAGAGCAUAAAGAGCCAACUGAACUCCUGCAAACUGGAGCAGACACAGCUGGAGUCAGAGCUGUCCAAAGUCAAGGAGCAGAACCAGCAGCUGGAAAUCACCAUCAUUAAACUGACCAACCAGUGUGAGUUGCUGACCCAGCUGAAGGCAAACUUGGAGGAAGAGAACCGACACUUGCUGGACCAGAUCCAGAGUCUGAUGCUGCAGAACCGAACCCUGCUAGAUCAGACCAUGGAGAGCAAGGACCUAUUCCAUGUGGAGCAGAGACAGUAUAUGGACAAACUGAAUGAACUCAGAAGGCAGAAGGAAAAGCUGGAAGAGAAAAUCAUGGAUCAGUACAAGUUCUAUGACCCAUCACCUCCACGCAGACGGGGCAACUGGAUUACCCUGAAGAUGAGGAAGCUGAUGAAGACGAGGAAUCGUGAUCAGGAGCAUGUUCGUUCCUCAGCUUCCCAGCUCUGCUCCGAGUCAUGCGAGGGUCUGGAUGACCUGCGCUGCAACGACAACGGCUCCUUUGUGGGUUCCCAGGGCUCUGAGGAAUCUGCUUCCAACUCUCUUAAUGGUGACACCGUGUCUCCUAAGAGGAGCAGCAUCAGCACCAUGAAAAUGUUUCAUAUUAAGCGUAACAAACCAAAGGAUAAAGACAAAGUCAAGUCUCUCUUCCGCCGAUCUCUGUCCAUGAAUGACCUGCUGCAGUCAGAGGGAUGUUUGGAUGAGGACUCUGGGAAGCAGGAAUAUCAGCCAGAAGAGCAAAUAAUGCAGCACACAAUUGCCAUUUCAAAAAAACACUCUAAAUCGUCAUCAUUUCACCUAUACUCUUCCAUAGACAAUCAUACAAUAAUCUCUAAUCAAGGUAAAGAUUUUCAAGGAGGAACAAUUCCACCAAGGCUUGCAAAUGGCACUGAAGGCCAGGAUCAUGGCCUGAAUGGCAAAUCGAGUCGUGCUCCAAGCGCGAGCAGCGGCGAGUUCAGCAUAAGCCUGGAGAACGAGGCCUGGUCCAGUGAUAGCAGCCCCCUUCCAGAUCCACCCUCGUCCAGUCGGCAGCGUUUCGGCGACUCUCCUUCCCCGGCCCGACCCAACCGUGAUGAUCUCAGACAGGGCUACAGCUGCUCAGGGAGUGGAGUACGCAGAACCAGCAGUGGGAGAUCCGCUGGGGAACGUUCAGCCCAAAAGCUGGACAAAGCAAGCAUUGGACUGUAUAAAACACAGAGUGUGCAAAGUACAGAGUGUGAGUCUAAACCUGCUCUUGAGACUCAGGGGAAAUCCUCCUCCGUAUCGGGGUGUUUAAACUGCUUCGCCACGCCGAUGCGAAGCCCUAAACCAGGCCAGGCUCUGUCCACUCUGCCCCGGGCCAGCUGCGUCAUCUCAACGUCGGAGGGCAACAGUCGACGUGCCAGCGUGCAUAGCACCAUGUCAGUGAAGUCAACCGGAUCGGUGUCAAGUAAGAACGGUGCUGAACCUCAGCCUGACUCCAGCGAAGAGGUGUCAAAAGAAAGCCCUGUCCUUGAAGAGGAAGACAACAAACCGGAAGAGCUUUUUAAUUCAGCGUUCACCAUUGAUUCGGUUUUUACAAACACAAUUUUCAGUGAGUGAAUUAAAAAUGAUACCAGUUUUAAAAGGUCUUUGCUGAAAUCAUAUAAAUGCAAAUUUAUUCUUAUUCUAAUCACGUGAAAGGCAACUAUGCACUAUGAUUGUGUCAUCUCUGAGGUGAAUUCAGGCAUAAUCAGACAGGAAGCCAAGAAACAAUCCUUGUCCUUGAACAGUCCUUAACUACGGUCCUUAAUUUGUCUUGGUUGGCACAUGUACUUUUUCCCCUAUCUCUCCAUAAUUUGCCUAUUUUUUUGUUUGCAUUUUAACUAUGUGGUAACUGAUCCCAUGUUUGUUUUUUAUUACAUGCAUGAAGGUUAAAUCUAAAAAAAUUAAAAAAGAUGAAAAUUAUAUACAAGUUCCCCUCUGAGCAUGUAGCAUCAAAACUGAUGUGGUUUAUUUGUUCUGACUACUGUAUAUUACAGUAAUUUUCCUUGUUUGCAGUAUAGAAGAGCAGUAUUUUUAGCUGAAAUGCACCUUGUGUUUGUUAAAAACCAACGGAAAUCUGUGUAUCUUGCUUAAGUUUCAUGUUUUCCUUCUAACGUAUUAAAAAUCUGCUAGUUUGUUUGUUGUGCUGAUUUGUGCUUUGGUUUCCUAUUGUAAGCAGGUUUAAAAUAUAUUUUAAAAGACUGUGAUUUUUGAUUAAUAAUAAAGCCUCAAUAAUAGACAA